CUAGUGCGAUGCAACUUGACAGUAAAUUACAUGAAAGUGCUAAAUUUUUUCAAAUUGUCUGAUUGCUUUGUCUUUUCAAUGGUACUGUACGUUUAAAUUUUAUUUUAUUUUUUAUCUCGAUUGACAAGCCUACUCUUUUCAAAACAGAGAACAGUCCGAAAGAACCAGAAGAAAGGAAAAAAGUUGAGGGAGGGAUCACAUCGCUUGACCAUGCUUUAAAAAGGAGUACUGAGCUUCUAGCCUGGAUUACUUGCCUGAGUUCAAAAACUCACAGAACUGUAAUCAACUACUACAGCCAUGGAUGUCGACAAAGUACUCCACACGACAGGAGGCGUUGGCCAGACAAGUUAUGCAAGAAAUUGCUCCCUACAGAAAAAAGCUUCUGAUGUGGUGAAGCACAUAACCCUGGAGACAAUUCGAGAACUUUACGUCGCGACAACUCCAAAGAGCCUAGGCAUUGCUGACUUGGGCUGCUCCUCCGGCCACAACUCCUUGUCAAUCAUCAGAGAAAUGGUAGAUACCAUUGACGAGGCAAGCCGUAAGCAGGUUUCUCGACCGCUGCCUGAGUUCCGAAUCUGCCUCAAUGAUCUCCCGACAAACGACUUCAAUGCCAUCUUCGCGGCCUUGCCCGAGUUUUACGACCAGCUAAGGGGAGGGAGAAAUGAUCAUGCGGGGCCACCUAUUUACAUAGCUGGCUAUCCUGGCUCCUUUUAUGGAAGAUUGUUUCCUAGUGAGUCCUUGCACUUCAUCUACUCCUGCUACAGUCUCCACUGGCUCUCUAAGGUUCCGCCAGCUCUUUAUGAUGAGCAAGGUAGGUCAUUGAACAAAGAGAGCAUCUACAUAUCUGAAUCUAGCCCUCUACAUGUAUCAGAAGCGUACCUGAGGCAGUUUCAAGAGGAUUUCUCACUGUUCCUGAAAUCAAGAUCCGAAGAGCUGAUUCAUGGAGGGAAAAUGGUGCUAAUCUUGUUGGGUAGAAUGGGUAAAAACCAAGUUGACAGAGGGAACUCAUUCUUCUGGGAACUACUUGCAAAGUCCUUCGCCAUCUUGGUAUCAAAGGGGGAAGUCGAGGAGGAGAAGCUUGAUAUGUAUAACGUUCCAUUUUAUGCACCAUCACCAGAUGAGCUAGAAGAUGAAAUCAGAAGUGAGGGUUCUUUUGUAAUGGACAGGCUUGAAAUGUUCCAAAUAGACGAUGAUAUUGAGGAUAUCACAAGCUAUGGAAUGGACGUUGCAAUGACUGUUAGGGCGAUUCAAGAAUCGAUGAUAAGCCACCAUUUUGGAGAGAGAAUUUUGGAUAGCUUGUUCGAUUGCUAUCGAACGAUGGUGCAAGAAGAAGCGCAGAAAGAAGAAAUAAGGGCAAUCACUUUUGUUCUUGUUCUUAGGAAGAAAUGAUGAUCAUGACACAAUUGUUAAAACUUUUUAGUGUAUUAAUGCUUGUGUAAGAAUGCACAUUUAUUGAAAAUGGCUCGAAAAGAUGUGAGCUUAACUUUGAA